GAGACCCAUGAUAAUUGAAGAUUAGCGAGAUCUUUUAUCAGUUUACUAACUUUAUUUUUCUAAUUUCUUUCAUUUUAUUGUUAGGCCAACAUUUAGUUGUAAUUCGCAAUUUCUUCAACACGCGAUAAUAAGUGGGCUGUCAGUGUAUGUUUUGAAAUGUCUGUUGCUACCAUAGCAAUUCAAAUGCUCUGAAUAUUCCUGUCAUCUUUGAAUUGAACAAGAGUUUCCAGAAGAGCAGGACAAACUUCAAGUGUGUCAACAAUUUCUGACACUACUGCAAAGAUGGAUUUUAUUAAAGAGGAGAGAGAGGACAUGGGAUAUCCAGAACCACACAGAGUGAAAAAUGAAGAUACUGAGGAACAAAUAGACAUGAUGCUUGUGAAAGAGGAAUGUCAAGAAGUGGAGGAGGUAAAUCAGUAUCAGACAUCAAGUAAUUCUGAAAAGAAUUCUUCACAUAAAAGUCAAGAAACAAGAGCCAAAAAAUCUUAUACCUGCCCUCAAUGUGGAAAGAGUUUCAAACAAAAAGGAAACCUUAAGAAUCACAUAAAAAUUCACACUGGAGAGAAGCCUUUCACAUGCCUUCAGUGUGGAAAGAGUUUCAUACGUGCAGACAGCCUUAUGGAGCACAUGCGAAUUCACUCUGGAGAGAGGCCUUUCAUAUGCCCUCAGUGUGGAAAGAGUUUCACACGUAAAGCUCAUCUUAAUAGUCAUGCAAGAAUUCAUGCUGAAGAGAAGCCUUUUAAGUGCCUCCAGUGUGGAAAGAGUUUCACACGUGAAGUUCAUCUUAAGAGUCACACAAGUAUUCACGCUAAAGAGAAGCCUUUCACGUGCCUCCAGUGUGGAAAGAGUUUCACACGUGCAGACAGCCUUAAGAAGCACAUGAGAAUUCACACUGGAGAGAAGCCUUCCGAAUGCCUUCAGUGUGGACAGAGUUUCACACAAAAAGGAAACCUUAAUAAACACAUAAGAAUUCACACUGGAGAGAAGCCUUUCAUAUGCCUUCAGUGUGGACAGAGUUUCACACAAAAAGGAAACCUUAAGUAUCACAUAAAAAUUCACACUGGAGAGAGGCCAUUCACAUGCCUUCAGUGUGGAAAGAGUUUCAUACGUCCAGACAGCCUUAUGCAACACAUGAGAAGGCACUCUGGAGAGAGACCUUUCAUAUGCCCUCAGUGUGGAAAGAGUUUCACACGUAAAGCUCAUCUUAAUAGUCAUGCAAGAAUUCACGCUGAAGAGAAGCCUUUCACGUGCCUCCAAUGUGGAAAGAGUUUCACACGUGAAGUUCAUCUUAAGAGUCACACAAGUGUUCACGCUAAAGAGAAGCCUUUCACGUGCCUCCAGUGCGGAAAGAGUUUCACACGUGCAGACAGCCUUAAGAAGCACAUGAGAAUUCAUACUGGGAAAACCUUGAGUAGAGCCAGCGACUUGAAGCUGCAUCAAAGAAUCCAUACUGGAGAAAAACCUUACAAGUGUUCACAUUGUGAAAAGAGUUUCAGUCGGCCAGGAGUCCUGAAAUUGCAUGAGAGAGUGCAUACUGGAGAGAGGCCAUUCCACUGCCAUACAUGUGGAAAGAGCUUUUGCCAGUCAGGUCAUCUACUGGUUCAUUUAAAAAGGUGUCAUGGAAAGUCACAGUGAGCAAAGUUCCUCUUCACU